CCCGUCGUGUUUAUAUGAGCAGAAGACCUGCGCUUUCCAUAUCGUAAUCGGUGCUGUUCGAAGUUGAUAUGGAAUGUGCGCGUGGCGAGUGUGUUGCCUGGCGGCGCUACUACGGUCCGCCAUUUGGGGUAUUCAAUCUCUCUUCCUGCCUCUUGAUGCAACUCACCUCCGUCUAUCACAUCCCGGGUACCCCCACUAUUCGACAUAAGCUCAAACGCACCAACAUGGUGACCGACCGAGACUGCGAUUCAAUUGCUGCGCAAAACCAGCUCUCCUCCCCACUGCUUCGCCUACCAGCAGAACUUCGAAACCGCAUAUACAAAGAAGUUUUUGCUCCACGGAUCGCACGUGUCGUCCCUCGAUCGGUCAUCAAGGGUUACACGACAUGGCCCUUCACGGCCCUUCAUGUCUGUCGUCAAGUCCGGCACGAAGCCAAGCCGAUCAUGUUUGCUAGUAUCACCUUCGACUUUCGGGCACUCGAACCAAUUGUCGAUCCCGCCGCAAUUCUUACACUGGGAUCCUUUGAGGCCAUUGUAGUGGGAUCAAAGCUGGUCUGGUACGUUUCAAAUGCGAUGGGGUACAGCGGGGGUUACCCGGAGCGCUUCAAAUUACUGCAGAAAGUUUAUUGGGGCACUCCCCAAUCCCCAAUUAAGUUAUUCUGGAGGCGCGGAUCGGGUGGCGUUGUCACUCUAUAAUCUUUCUACAUAGAAGGCGUCCAACUGAGACAACUUUCUCGCCACUGCGGGAUGUAAGCUCAGCUCAGAUGUUCAGGAUUUAUGAGGGAUAUACAAAGCCAGGUUCAUAUGCCGGUCCUGCUUCAACGGUAGUUGAAUGUUCGGACAAUAGCCGGCGCAUUAAUAUCAAUGACCAUAUGCGGUACUGAUAAGUUGCCAUGAGUAUGUGGGGCUCCAGGAUAUAACUUAACCCUCAUUUUGGCGUGUAACGCCGCAACUGAACAUGCAAAACUGUAAUGCUCGUCAUGUUGUUCUCU